AUGGCCGCCACAGCAGGCUCCCCCGGCCGCCCCCAGCCGGUCUACGAGGCCAGCAAGCAGGAGUUCGCGGUGCCCGGCCUGGCGGCCCAGAGCCCCUGGAACCAGAAGUCGCUGGCAGUCAAGUACCCGCCCCUGAAGCAGGACAUUAAAGCAGACGUGGCGGUCAUCGGGGCAGGCAUUGCAGGCCUGUCCUGCGCCUACAACCUGGCGAAAGCGGGGAAGAAGGUGGUGGUGCUCGAAGCGCGCACCCGCGGCGCAGGCCAGACCGGAAGGACCACGGCCCACCUCAUGACCUGGCUGGAUGAUUACUUCUAUGAGUGCGAGAGCAUGCACGGCAAGGAGAAGACGCGACUGGUGGCGGAGUCGCUGCGCGGCGCGGCAGACUGGAUUGAGAGGGUGGUGCGGGAGGAGGGGAUCGAGUGCAAGUUCAGGCGCAUGGACGGCUACCUGUACCCUCACGCCACCGGCGAGUCCCCCCAGCCCACCUCUGCCAUGGCGGGGCUGACAAACACCGAAUGGGUGGACCUGGGCGGCGGGCCGGAGGUGGGGGGCAUCCGGCAGUGCCUGCGCUUUGCCGCCAACGCCGACUUCCACCCGCUCAUGUAUCUGGAGGGGCUGGCGGCGGCGGUGGAGCGGCACGGAGGCAAGAUCUACGAGGGGACCAAGGCGUGGAAGGCAGGCGAGCGGGCGCUGCGGACGUAUGCUGUGGGGCUGCUGGUGCGCCGAGACGCCGUGAAGCGCUCCCUGUUCUGGGAUACGGCUGAGCCCUACCAUUACGUGCGCUUUGACGACUGGGACGAUGAGCACCUGCUCAUGAUCGUGGGCGGGGAGGACCACAAGACGGGCUCCCUCUGGCCCUACGACCCAUAUGACAGGCAGGCAGGGAGGGAGGGGAUGCACAGGGUGCUGGAGAAGUAUGCUCGCUCCCGCUGGACCGCGGCCGGGGAGCUGCUGCUCAAGUGGAAUGGGCAGGUCAUGGAGCCGGCAGACCUGCUGUACCUGCACGGUCACAACCCGCUGGUACCGGACGGCAACUCCUACAUCAUCACCGGGGACAGUGGACAGGGCAUGACGGGGGGCACCAUUGGCGGCAUGGUGGUGUCUGACCUCAUCCUCGGGCGCAAGAACCCUUGGGCCGACGUGUACGACCCCUCGCGUGCGCCGCCGCUCAAGUCUCUGCUGGAGAUUGCGGAGGAAGGCGUGAUCACCACCACCUCCUACGCCGAGCGCGUGCUGCCCAAGGCGCGACCCUGGCAGGCCGCCCGCCUGCUCACACCCAGCCAGUGGCUCGCCGCGGGCGUGACCCUGAGCUACGAGAUGGAGCCAGACAGCGGCGCCGUGGUGCAGAAGGGGGUGGCCGUGUACUGCGACGGCAACAAGCAGCAGCACGCCUACAGCGCCGUGUGCCCCCACCUGGGCUGCAUCAUUCACUGGAACUCACUUGAGAAGACCUUUGACUGCCCCUGCCACGGCAGCCACUUUGACCGCUUCGGCAAGUGCAUCAACGGGCCCGCCAAGGGAGACCUGCAGCCCAUCCCCGACUGCACCAGCCGCGGCUCUCAGACACAGUGGCCGGCGGCAGCAGCGCGCAGGCCACAGCCGGGCCGGGCGGCAGACGCCGCCGCCGCCGCCGCCGGGCAGCGCGGGGCAGCGCAGCUGUGCAGGGCGGUGGACCCCGCUGGGCUGCAAGAAGUGCUGGUGGGCGGCGCCGUGACAGCUGCCACAGCGGCAGCGCUCAUCAAUGGCAGCAGCAAGGGAGACCCCGAGGUGUGCGCCUCGUGUGCAGGCACGGGCGGCAUCAAGUGCUUUGCCUGCGAGGGCAGCGGCAAGAUGCUGGGGGUGUCUCGCGAGGCGCUGGCGGCGGCGGCUCGGCAGCGCGACCCGCUGGGCGGCAGCCGCAACCAGCGCGAGUGCGUGGCGUGCAAGGGUGCAGGCAAGAUCUUCUGCAAGAACUGCAGCGGCAGCGGCUUCUCGCGGCACAUGUAG